AUAUAAAAUAUACAUAAAAAAAAUCUUUAAAAAAAUCAAAAACAAAAAGCACUCAAAAUUAUACAACCACAUAAUAAAGCUAUGAGUUAUCUUUUGCAACCUACCAUUUUGCUCUUGAAGGACGGUACUGAUACUUCCUAAGGAAAGGCUUAAAUUGUUUCCAACAUUAAUGCUGUCUAAUCUAUUGUAGAAAUCGUUAAGACCACUUUAGGUCCCCGUGGUAUGGAUAAAUUGAUUGAAGGUGGAAUGAAGGGAGCCACUAUUUCCAAUGAUGGUGCUACUAUUUUAAACUUAUUAGAUAUUGUUCACCCUGCUGCUAAGACUCUUGUUGAUAUUGCUAAGGCUUAAGACGAUGAAGUUGGUGAUGGUACCACUUCUGUCUGCCUUUUGGCUGGUGAAUUAUUGAAGGAAUCUAAGUACUUCAUCGAAGAAGGUAUGCACCCAUAAAUUAUCACUAAGGGUUACAAGGAAGCCCUCAAGUUAGCUCUUUAAUUCUUACACGAAAAUGCUCACUCUGUAGCUGAUAAGAACGAAACUGAAAAGAGAGAAAUGCUCAUUAAGUGCGCUUAAACCUCUUUAAACUCCAAAUUAUUAGCUCAUUACAAGGAAUUCUUCUCUGAGUUAGUUGUUUAAGCCGUUGAAACUCUUGAAACUAAUCUCCUCGACAAAGACCUUAUCGGUAUCAAGAUGGUCACCGGUGGUUCAGUCACUGAUUCUUUCUUGGUUAGUGGUGUCGCUUUCAAGAAAACCUUCUCUUAUGCAGGUUUUGAACAACAACCCAAAAAGUUCAAUAACCCUAAGAUUUGCUUACUUAACAUCGAAUUAGAAUUAAAGGCUGAAAAGGAAAAUGCUGAAAUUAGAAUUGAAAAUCCUGAUGAUUACAAGUCAAUUGUUGAUGCUGAAUGGGAGUUGAUUUAUGAAAAGUUAAGAAAGAUUGUUGAAUCUGGUGCUAACAUUGUUCUCUCCAAGCUUCCUAUUGGUGAUUUGGCCACUCAAUACUUCGCUGAUCGUAACAUUUUCUGUGCUGGUCGUGUUGAUGCUGAAGAUAUGAAGAGAGUCCAAAAAUCUACUGGUGCCAUCGUUCAAACCACUGUCAAUGGUUUGACUGAAGAUGUCUUAGGUACUUGCAACCAAUUCGAAGAAGUUUAAAUCGGUGCUGAAAGAUAUAACCUCUUCAAGGAUUGCCCUCACUCUAAGAGUGCUACCAUCAUUUUAAGAGGUGGUGCUGAAUAAUUCAUUGCUGAAGCUGAACGUUCUCUUAAUGAUGCAAUCAUGAUCGUCAGAAGAUGCAUGAAGGCCAAUAAAAUCGUUCCUGGUGGUGGUGCCAUCGAAUUAGAAAUCUCUCGUCUUCUCCGUUUACACUCCAGAAAGACUGAAGGAAAGAUCUAAUUAGUUAUUAAUGCUUUUGCUAAGGCUCUUGAAGUCAUUCCCAGAACUAUUGCUGAUAAUGCUGGUCACGACUCCAUUCAAGUUCUUAAUAAACUCCGUCAAAAGCAUGCUAUUGAAACCGAACAAUCUAGAAACUUCGGUGUUGAUAUUAAUGCUGCUGAUGGUAUUGGCAAUAACUACGAAAAUUUUGUUUGGGAACCUAUCGUUGUCAGAAAAAAUGCUUUGUCUGCUGCCACUGAAGCUGCUUGCACUAUUUUAAGUAUUGAUGAAACUGUUAGAAAUCCCAAGAGUGAACAACCUAAGGCUCCCCCUGGUGGACUCAGAAGAGGUGGUCCUCAAGGAAUGGCUGGUUUGGCUAAAAAUGCUAAGCUCGGAAAGUGAGUUUUAAAUAAUUAAGCAAAGAAACAAUAAAAUUAAAUCAAUAUUAUUCUUAAUUAUCAUUUAUAAUGUAAUUAUAGGUCAUUUUUUGUAUAUUUAUUUUUAUUAAGUGUUUUAAAUAAAUUAGAAAAAAUGACUAAUUCAAAAUACUUUCA